AUGAGUAAAGAGCAACGUGAUUCGAGAAAGACUCAACUAUGGAAGAUCAAUCUAUGGAAGAUCUGGUAUGCAGUUAACAUUCCAAUCAUUACGUUUUUGGAUUCGAAUGCAGUACUUCCUCCAUAUCUUCAAUAUACUAAGGGACUUCUAGAUGGUUAUAUUGAUAAUUUCAAUGAUUUUCUAACUGCCAAUCCUCCAAACUGGCUCAAAUAUAUGACAAUCAUUGAAAUUUUAUUCCAACUGCCUGUGGCCAUAUAUUGCUUAUACCAGCUGCUAAACUUGUCAAAGUCAAAAACUAUCAAAAGAACUUUAUUCACAGUGGACCGUCUAUCUAAAUGCUAUGCAUUCAAUGUCAUCACCACCACUAGUUUUUGUAUAUGGUACGUUUGGGCCUAUGGGUACUAUCCAGCCACGAUGAAUACCGAUCACGUGUCAUUGAGUAACCCGGACAAACUGGCGCUAACGAUGGUCUACGUUCCUUAUGUUCUAAUUCCAGCAUUAUUCUUUGUAUAG